UCUUCACUCGACUCGUUCACUGUACAGCAAACUCGCUGCGCUCCUCCGACCCACUGCUGCAACUUUUGCAGAGACUCCUCACUCCACAGACAUGUCGCACAAUAGCUGAAGUAAACCUGUCAUCGUGGCGCAUCAUCCGGCCAUCAGAAACACAGACUACCGGUUGGGAUUAAAUAAAAAGACGCCUGUCUCCAAUCUGUCGCUCUGCUCAUCGCGUCGGAUCCCUCAAGGUUUUUUUUUUUUUUUUGAACGCCUGGACAUGAAUUAUGAGCAUUUUCUCCACUAAUGAACCGGGCCAGUAAUGCAGGAGACCCUCUCAUCAUUGUUUCAAGAUGGCAGAUUGUUAUUGAGAUUUAAACAGAAAGCUCGCUUUAUUUUUUGCCAUGAAUAACAGAAACGCUUGCACCGAUGGCCCCUGUAUACGAAGGUAUGGCCUCGCAAGUGCAAGUGUUCUCCCCUCACACUCUCCAGUCAAGUGCCUUCUUUAGCGUAAAGAAACUCAAGGUGGAGCGGAGUUGUAACUGGGAUAUGACAGGGUACGGCACGCACAGCAAAGUCUACAGCCACAACAGCAACAAGAACGUAUCGACCACCAGCGGUGCCCUCGGCGUCAACAGCUCCCUGCAGGUCGCCAGCUCCACCCUGCCCUACGAGCAGGCUCUCGUCUUCCCAGCCAGCGCUGGCCACAUCGUGGUUGCCUCAGCCAGCAGCACUUCGGGGGCCCUUGGGUCUCUGCUGGGCAGCGGUGGUGGAGGCAACAGCAGCAGCAACAGCAGCGGAGGUGGAAGUGGCGUGGGCGCGGGAGUUGGCGUUCACAACUUGACGCGACGGAGCACGGUGAGUCUUCUAGACACUUACCAGCGAUGCGGGCUUAAACGUAAGAGCGAGGAGCUUGACAAUAACAGCAGCGUGCAGAUCAUUGAGGACCACGGCCCACCAAUGAUCCAGAACGGAGGAGCCAGCGGCGCCACGGUGGCUACCGCGGCCACUGCCACGUCCACAGCAACGUCCAAAAACAGCGGCUCCAACAACGAGGGGGACUACCAGCUGGUUCAGCAUGAAGUGCUCUGCUCCAUGACCAAUACCUACGAAGUGUUGGAGUUUUUGGGAAGAGGAACAUUUGGACAGGUGGUUAAGUGCUGGAAGAGGGGAACGAAUGAGAUAGUGGCCAUCAAGAUACUGAAAAACCACCCUUCGUAUGCGCGGCAGGGCCAGAUCGAGGUCAGCAUCCUGGCGCGCCUCAGCACCGAGAGCGCAGACGACUACAACUUUGUGAGGGCCUACGAGUGCUUCCAGCACAAAAACCAUACGUGCCUGGUAUUUGAGAUGUUGGAACAGAACUUGUAUGACUUCCUCAAACAGAACAAGUUCAGCCCUUUGCCUCUCAAGUACAUCAGACCUGUGCUUCAGCAGGUGGCCACGGCGCUCAUGAAACUGAAGAGCCUCGGCUUGAUCCACGCAGACCUGAAGCCAGAGAACAUCAUGCUCGUGGACCCGUCUCGACAGCCCUACAGGGUUAAAGUCAUUGACUUUGGUUCAGCCAGCCAUGUGUCCAAAGCUGUCUGCUCCACAUACCUACAGUCCCGGUACUACAGGGCUCCAGAGAUCAUCCUUGGCCUGCCGUUCUGCGAGGCCAUAGACAUGUGGUCGCUGGGUUGUGUGAUAGCUGAACUCUUUCUGGGAUGGCCCCUCUACCCCGGAGCUUCGGAGUAUGAUCAGAUCCGGUACAUUUCCCAGACGCAGGGUCUUCCGGCAGAGUAUCUCCUGAGUGCAGGGACAAAGACCACCAGGUUCUUCAACAGAGAUCCAGACUCCACCUAUCCUCUCUGGAGACUCAAGACUGCAGAGGACCACGAGGGUGAAACGGGGAUCAAGUCCAAGGAGGCUCGCAAGUACAUCUUCAACUGUUUGGAUGAUAUGGCACAGGUGAACAUGACGUCAGACCUGGAAGGGAGCGACAUGCUGGCGGAGAAGGCAGACAGGAGGGAGUUCAUCGACCUGUUAACCAAGAUGCUGACCAUUGAUGCCGACAAGAGGAUCACCCCCAUCGAAACGCUUAACCACCCCUUCGUUACCAUGUCACAUCUCCUUGAUUUCCCACACAGCACACACGUAAAGUCAUGCUUCCAAAACAUGGAGAUCUGUAAACGGCGUGUCAACAUGUAUGACACAGUCAACCAGAGCAAAACGCCCUUUAUCACCCACGUGGCCCCCAGCACCUCCACCAAUCUCACCAUGACCUUCAACAACCAGCUGAACACUGUGCACAGCCAGGCCACCAGCCUGGCUCCCUCCUCCACCAGCAAUGCCACCCUUUCCUUUGCAAGUCCUGACGUCUCCAUACUAAACUACCAAUCUACACUCUACCAGCCCUCCGCUGCCUCCAUGGCAGCUGUGGCCCAGAGAAGCAUGCCGCUGCAGCCGGGCGCUCCGCAGCUCUGCGCCGCCCGACCCGACCCCUUCCAGCAGGCGCUCAUAGUCUGCCCACCAGGUUUCCAAGGGCUGCAGGCGUCACCUUCCAAGCACACCGGUUACUCUGUGCGGAUGGAGAAUGCCGUUCCCAUAGUGACGCAGGCUCCCGGUGCCCAGCCCCUGCAGAUUCAACCUGGCCUCCUUACACAGCAGGCCUGGCCCAGCGGCACCCAGCAGAUCCUGCUGCCUCCAGCGUGGCAGCAGCUCACCCACACCUCAGUCCAACACGCCACUGUCAUCCCUGAUUCCAUGAGCGGCACACAGACUCUCGCCAACUGGAGGAAUUCCCACCCCCACGGAAGCCAUUAUAAUCCCAUUAUGCAGCAGCCGGCCUUAUUGACUGGCCACGUCACUCUCCCGACGAGCCAGACCCUCAAUGUGGGAGUGGCGCAUGUCAUGAGGCAGCCAUCAACCAAUAGCAGCUCAUCUUCCAAAAAGAGCAAACAGCACCAGAUGGCCGCCAGGAACGUAUCGGCCUACGAGGUGUCGUCCUCCCAGGUUGUGCUGUCGCCGCAGCGCUCCAAGCGAGUGAAGGAGAACACUCCCCCUCGCUGCGCCGUGCUGCAAAACGGCUCGGCGUCCAACUGCCCGCCCACGCAGGGGUUUGCCCAUGGAGGGUGGGGGGCUAAUGAAGCGGAGCAGGCUUCCAGCACCACUCGCGACCAUCAGCAUCAGCACCACGUCCCCAGACAGACCAUCAUCAUCCCUGACACACCCAGCCCCGCAGUCAGCAUCAUUACCAUCAGCAGCGACACGGAUGAGGAAGAUGAGCACAAACAAAACAACAGCUCAUCUUCUAAGCAGAGAAAGAACGUCAUCAGCUGUGUGACGGUCCACGAUUCACCAGAGUCAGACUGUUCGAGCAACAACAGCCCCUACUCUAUGGACCCGAGAUCCCACCACCACCACCACAACAACAACAACAACAGCAACGACACAAAAAACACCAUCCUGGACAACUACAACAACGGGAACCCACGCACCAUCAUCAUCCCCCCUCUAAAAACACAGAACAGUGAGGUCUCAAAUGAAUGUGAGCACUUGAUGCCAGACGGGAUGAACCUUCAGAAUUCAUCAUACAAGGUAAAAUCCACCAAUGGAGUGAUAUCUGGCAAUAAUCGCAUACCAGGAGGUGUGACUGGAGGUGUUUCCUACCGACCGCAGCGCUCAGGGCCACACCCACUUCAACAGCAGCCUCUCAAUCUCAGCCAGGCACAGCAGCACAUGGUGGCUGAACGAAACGGAGGACAUCGGCGACAGCAAGCCUACAUCGCCCCGAACAUCGCUGCUCAAGCCCCAUACUCCUUCCACCACAGCAGUCCGUCUCAUACAGGAAACGUUCACCCACACCUGGCUGCCACACACCUGCCCAGCCAACCGCACCUGUACACCUACACAGCCCCUGCUGCACUGGGCUCCACCAGCACCGUUGCCCACCUGGUGGCGUCGCAGGGCUCGGCACGCCACGCGGUCCAGCACGGAACCUACCCUCCGAGCAUCGUCCACCAGGUUCCAGUCAGCAUGAGUCACCGCGUGUUGCCGUCGCCCACCUUGCACCACAGCCAGUACCAGGCCCAGUUUGCCCACCAGGCCUACAUCAGCGCCUCACCUGCCUCCACUGUCUACACUGGAUACCCACUGAGCCCCACCAAGGUUAACCAGUAUCCUUACCUCUAGAGAAGACACUGACUGACACUGGAGAGCCUGACCCAGAACUGCUGCUGCUCCUUCUACCCCGUCCCCCACAGUCCCCCUCCUGAACGUCCAUCCUCUCCUCGACCUCAGACAUGAACAGAGACAGAGGAACAUGCAAUCCUCACGGAACUGUCACGUGCAACCUGAAGAAGAAACGACAGAGAGACAAAGAAAAUUACGAUUCACAGCCUCUUGAGAAGGGAAAGGCGGCUUUUGACUUUUCGAGGGGUACAGCUCAAAUUUUCCUAUUUUUUCUCUUUCUUUAGAAAUGGCCAGUUUUUGCUUUUUUUUUUUACCUUAUGGUUUACUUUGUGGAAAAAAGUAACAUCUCAGCUGCUUCGCAGGGCAGUUUGAAGCAGGCGUCUUCUUAGAUGGGAGAGGCUUUCUGGUUUGUUUCCUUUUUAUUUCCCCUCAUAAAUUUAGGAAGUGACUGUUGAACGGGGGGGGGGGGGGG